AUGUCAUCUGCCAAUGACACCAAAUUCAACUUUGCAGUGUUCCUUCUCACCGGGAUACCUGGGCUUGAAGAUGUCCAUCUCUGGAUCUCUAUCCCCUUCUGCUUCAUGUAUGUUAUUUCGAUAGUAGGAAAUUCAGUUAUUCUGUUCAUUAUAAAAACAGAUCCAAGUCUCCAUGAGCCCAUGUACAUUUUCCUUUCCAUGUUGGCCAUCACAGAUUUUGGCAUAUCGAUAACCACCAUACCGACGAUACUGGGCAUAUACAUGUUUAACUGUAGGGAGAUCAGCCUCAAUGCCUGUUUUGCCCAACUGUUCUUCAUCCACUCGCUUCAAUGCAUUGAAUCCUCUGUACUCUUGCUGAUGGCCUUUGACCGCUUCAUCGCAAUCUGUAACCCACUGAGAUAUGCUUCCAUCUUAACCCUGCCGAGAAUAGCCGAGAUGGGAUUGGUCUUUCUGCUAAGAGGGAUGGCUAUAAUAGUCCCACUCCCCUUUCUCCUGAAACGGUUCCAAUACUGUCAAGCUAAUGUCCUCUCCCAUUCCUACUGCCUGCACCAGGAGGUCAUGAAGAUGGCUUGUUCGGAUAUCACAGUCAGCAGCAUCUAUGGCUUGUUUACUAAUCUUUUAACGAUGGGGUUGGACUCACUGCUCAUCUUAGUCUCUUAUGUGAUGAUCAUCAAAACAGUGCUGAGCAUUGCAUCUCAUGCGGAGUGCCUCAGGGCCCUGAACACCUGCAUCUCCCAUAUCUGCGCCGUCUUGCUCUUCUACACACCAGAGAUUGGCUUGUCUGUGAUACACAGAUUUGGGAAGGGCUCNUUGCUCUUCUACACACCAGAGAUUGGCUUGUCUGUGAUACACAGAUUUGGGAAGGGCUCUUUUCCAUUACUUCAGAUUCUGCUGGGUUACAUCUCCCUGCUGGUCCCGCCUCUAAUAAAUCCAAUCGUGUACAGUGUGAAAAGCAAACACCUGCGUGUAAGGAUAAUCAGGUUGUUUGUCAAGUGA